GGAGCAUACCCGGCCCGCCGGCGACCCCUGCCCCGCUCGUUUCCUUGCUGUCCUUUUCCUCCGCCCCCCCACGGUGCACCUCUACCUCCAUCCUAGAGCGUGGCUUGUGUGUGCUUCCUCACACCCUGUAUCCUGUGCAGUGCUGCAGCUUCCGACCUUGUGCUACAAGCUAUUACCACAGAAUGCCUAAAUCAAAGGAACUUGUAUCUUCAAGCUCAUCUGCCAGUGAUUCAGAUAGUGAAGUUGACAAAAAGGCAAAGCGGAAAAAGCAAGUAACUCCAGAAAAACCUGUCAAGAAACAAAAGACUGGUGAAAGUUCAAAAGGUGCAGCUUCUUCUAAGCAAAGCAGUAACAGAGAUGAGAAUAUGUUUCAGAUUGGCAAAAUGAGGUAUGUCAGUGUUCGGGACUUUAAAGGAAAAGUCUUAAUUGAUAUUAGAGAAUAUUGGAUGGAUCAAGAAGGUGAAAUGAAGCCUGGCAGAAAAGGUAUUUCUUUAAAUCCAGAACAGUGGAACCAGCUGAAGGAACAGAUUUCUGAUAUUGAUGAUGCAGUAAGAAAACUCUAAAGGCAGAGCCAUACAAAAACUUUUAUCAUUUAGUUGUAUUAAGCAGUCUUUUUACAUUGGCUUUAGUUUUCUAAAAUAUUGUUUUCCAAGCUAUUGUAUAUUUGGAUUGCAAAACAAUUUGUAAGAUGAAUACUUUUUUUAUGUGCAUUAAAAGUGUAUUCUGAGUGAGGCUAUUUGUGUAUACUUUACUAAAAAGAAUUGUGUUGCUUUCACCCCAUGGUGUUAAAUAAACAAAUCAAGUAAUAUGUAAAGCAUACUUGUUUAUGGCCUUUUGAUUGAAGGUGUUUGCUGAUAAGGCCACCUAAUAGCUUUAGUCAUUGUUUUAAUUUCAGUUUAGUUUACAGUUAAUAUGAAUUUGUUUUCUGAGGGGAUUUCUUAAAAUGUCCCAGUUGCAUUUUUUCUUUUAUUCCAUUUUCUUUGGUAUUGCCCUGCAGCUUUCUGCUUUAAGACGAUACAAACAGUGAAUACUUGGAAAAACAGAUUUUUGUAGAUAAUUUUCAAUACUGUAUUUGCUAAUUUACCCUUUUAAUCAGAUGUAAACAGUCUUUAAUAUAUAGCUUUUUCUGCAUUACUUGCAUGAAGGAUUAUGCUAAACAAUAACACUUGAACACAGGACACAUGCUCUCUCUUCCCAUUUUUCUAUAGCUUGCUUGACCUAGAAAAUACAGGUAGCCUUCUUUCUUGGUCUUUAGAUGUGAAGCAUAAACUUGAACAGUAAUAGACAUAUACCUCAGAAUAAUUCAGUAUUUAAAAGCUCCAAAUGUGGUUAUUAGUACACUCUUCAAGGUUUGCAUUAAAUUCAUUCUGGAAUACAUACUAAUCAGUUAUUCCAUAGAAAAGGUGUGGUUUAUCUGGCUGUAGGGUUUUUGUUCAUUUGAAAGUAUUGCACAAACAAUGAUGCUUAAGUUAGACUAUAACACAGGUUAAACAAUCAAAACAGGGUUAAAACUGCUGCAGCCAAAAUGUCUGUCUCAUGUUUCUGCCCUGUCCCUGCUGCCUGCCCAGGCCACCGAACUCAGGUUGCUUUCUGUGGCUCACAUGUGCACAGCUGGUUUAUCUUUGUGCAGAAGGCGCUUAGUGCGCACAGGGAGCUUACCCAGUACAUGGUGGACCAUGACCCAGCGAGCUUGGCUGGUCAGCCCUGCUACCUCCUGGACAGAAAAGCCUCUGCCCCGUGGAAGCUCUGUUACACAAGAUGCUGCCCUAGAGGAAGGGAUUCUGAGUCACAAACAAUGGGAAGGAGAAGAGCGAGAAUGUGAUGGAUAACUCGGAGAUGCAAAAAAGGGCACACCAGGAUGGAAGUUAAUGGUGCAAGAUAGAAGUUUGCUGGCAAAAAAUAACUGCAGUGAAGAAAUGGAAGCAGAAUUGGAGGAGUUCGUUUUCUGAAAUAAUUAAGCAAAGCAAGAAGAUAAAAAAACUUUAUGAAAAAGGACAUUUCAAGACUAGUGAAUGUCCAACUUAAUUAGUGUAAUUUUCCCAUUUAAUGAUAAUGUAGUCUCUAAAUUUUGUAUACAUAAACAAGAUUUACUUAUUUAGUUACAGAACAUUUUGAUAUAGUUUAUAUUACAAUCAUGUCUGCAAGUGCCAUAUUCUGUCUAUGUGCUGCAGAGUUCAUAAUGCGAAUAGGUAUUAAAGGCUGAGGAAGAGAGACUUCAUCAAAUCAAGUGCAUGCUGUUUAGUUAAAAUGUCACAUAUCUUCACUUGCUUUUUAACUUAUACCAUUGUUGACAUAUUACAAAUAAAAUUAAGAUCUGUUUUUGUAUGGCUCAAGAAAUCAUAAGUAUUUAAGAACUGCUUAAUUGCAGGGUGAAUAAAAGGGUGAAGAGAUGUUUGUAGUAGCAGAUGUAGUUUUGGGCACAGCAUUCUUUUUUGAGUGACUAUUAACAACAUAUAGGGCUAUUUGGACCAAAUACAAUAAAUAUGAAAUAGCUGCUAAAAUUUCACAGAUGAGUGAAUGAAAUAAAUUGCUUCAGAUCACUGUAGACAGGUUCUAGGCGUUUUUUAUUGCAAUCUAUAUAAUAGGAUUUUAUUCCUUUAAGUCUGAAAUUUUGCAGCAGAUUUCAUGUGUUUUACCUCAGAUCUUUGAAGUGGCUACUUAAAAGUGCAUGGUUAUGUUAGAGGGAAGAUUGCCUCACUUAGAUUGCUGUUCUAGUAGGUGAAUUAUGUUCAGGAGGAUGGGAAAUUAAAAUCAUUCAUUUAGGGAGAGUAACUGGAAAGGUUUUAAUAUAGCGAUUAGUUUUUGUGUGGAAAUUGAUGG